CUGAAAUGACAGAAGUAACGUGUCAAUAACAAAAACGUAAAGUCACGUGAUUAUUCAUGUGAGAUGCCGAGGGGUUCCCUUGCUGUACCGCGGCACCAGGAUCCCCAGUGAUUCAUCCGAAACUUGACACUGUUGCAAAAGGAUAACAACAAGUUUAAGUAAACAACUAUUAUAACGAGAUAUAGGCACAUCCACUUUGAAUAGAAACUUAUUAAGAACAGAUAUAGACACCAUGACUGCAUCAACAAAACCUGAAAAAGUUGUCUGUGUAUUUUGCGGUUCAUCAUUUGGUAAUGAUUCAACUUAUUCUAAACAUGCUAGUGAAUUAGGUAAACAAAUUGCAGAAAAGAAUUGGGGUUUAGUUUAUGGAGGUGGUACCACUGGUUUAAUGGGAGCUGUGGCAAAAUCAUGUUCAGAAAACAAUGGGUAUGUUCAUGGUAUUAUUCCAGAAGCUUUAGUUAGUCGUGAAAGAGUUGAUCCAGAUGAUUUUAAUGGUAAAUUACAUGAGGAUAUUAAUAAUCAUAAGGGGUUAACACCAAUCUCUAAUGAAUAUGGAAAAACUACUAUUGUUGAUGAUAUGCAUACAAGAAAAAGAUUGAUGGGACAAGAAGCUGAUGCUUUUAUCGCAUUACCAGGUGGGUAUGGUACUUUAGAGGAGAUUAUGGAAGUUAUUACAUGGUCUCAAUUGGGUAUUCAUGAAAAACCUAUUAUUUUUUAUAAUAUUGAUGGGUUUUAUGAUGGGUUAUUAGAAUUCAUUAAAAGUUCAAUUAAAGCUGGAUUUAUUAGUGCAAGUAAUGGUGAAAUUGUUGUUGUUGGUAAAAAUACUGAUGAAGUUUUAAAUCAUAUUGCUAAUUAUAAGAUUCCUGAAGGUAGAUAUAAUUUAAAAUGGGAGAAUUUAGGUACUCAUACACACAAGAAUUGAGAUCUGAUUAUUUGCCUUUGAUAGUGGGAUAAUUGGCUUCAAUUUAUACAAUUCAGUUCAACAAGGAGAAGAAAAGAUAUGAAAAGUUUAGCAUGUUAGAUUGCAGUUUAUAAUAAUUUAGAAAUAGAUGAUUUAAUCAUUUCAUUAGACUUGUUUGAAUGACUAGUUUGAAACAUAUUGGAGUUGAUGAUCUCCCAAAGAUAUGAAGAUGAUCAGAUGAGAGUUUUUACAUUUCAGCAGACGUCUCUUCGUAUUCACC